UGGGGUGAUACGAAUCAUCUGAAUUUCUAGAAGACGGCUGGAGGCGAGGCAAGGCAAGUCUAAUUUCCUGAGGCAUCAAUUUCAAUUGUAUUGCCAUUACAAUCGACACCUCAUUGCCGCCUCUUCCGUUUUCUCAGUAAUAACCGGUUCCGUUCUCUUCUGCUUCGACAGUUUUUAAAUCUUGGACACUAGACCUUCGGACUUUGAAUACUCGCAGUGAACACCUCCUGGAAGUCAAGAGUUCUAGGAUUCUAAUCUGUCCAAUCUCCACUUUUUGUAUCGGCGGUCUGAGUUCACUAAAUUUCUUUUCCACUGUAAUACAGGCUCAUUGAUCAAGCUCGAUCAUUCAAAGGUCCUCUCCUUCCAUAAGUCCCCCCAAUCGCCAUUACAUGUAACGGAAAACUUUGAUCGAUCGAAUCUCCCUCAUAGUAUCACACCCAUCAAUCUCAUCGGCUCGAGGAAUAGUUCUACCACUGAAGUUGCCAACUAAACACUUGGUUUAUUAUGCUACAAUCGCAAAUUAUAUCCAGAUCUAUUCGAUUCUUCUUCACAAUAAGAAUCAUUAUACUAAACGAUUGACCCAAAGAUCUGGAAUCUUCUAAGUCUUCGUCUGCAGCCAUAAGCGCCAAUCUCAAUUAGCAAAUUGCAGAAGACCUUUAUCUGUGUCCUGCGAAUUAGGAAUUGCAACUUUCAAAAGCCUCCUCCUAUAGCUACAGACAUCAGUCGUUUACAUACCUAAAGCCCUCAUUAUAGGGAAAAACACCACAAACAUGUCACUAACCACGAGAAUGAAUGGCUACUUUCGUGAGCGGAGCCAGCGCGCUCGCGGACUUCGUCUUCUUAAACCAUCUACUACUCUUCCGCGUGGCGUCCUAGAUGGACCCAGACGGAUAGUUGACCCAGAUUCGGGUCUAGUAUCCCAGGAAACAACUCUACGGGAACUCCAAGUCUCUGAUUACCAUUGGGACUCUCAAUUUGAGGAACUUCUAGAAGCAAACUGGGAAGAAUCUGAUGACGAUCAAGAGUUCACUGCUGAGGAAGCGAUCACCGCACAAUUUAAACGUCGAAAAGCUUGUGUGCCACGUCUAGUUCAACUAUCAGUCGAUUCGAUUGUCAAAAAUGUGAGUAGUAUUACCUAUGAAAGCAUCAAGAACAUGCCUUCAAUGCAGCUCGAGUUCCUUUGGCGGGAACUUUCCAAGAGAUGUGUCAACAGCUUUAACACUUGGAAAGCCUUUUCAAAAGCUCUUGAUCGACAAGAAGGUGCCCUUUUGAACCAAUUUCGAUACAGGUGUUCUGUUGCAGAGCCAGUCCCGUCCUUAUCUGUCUACACGAAGCCACUCAAAUCAGCCACUUUCGACUUUCUUGUACACUUAUCUAUUACCACUGCUUUCAGUACCUCGAACAUGGUCGAAUUAUCUGCACUUGUUAAUUUAGUAGCUCUCGAGAUCUCUAAUCCAAAGCAUGGUAAUCAUGUAAGAACUGCCGGUAAGCAGUUCGAUACGAGCUUCGGAGACAGAGUAAUCAAAACCUGGAGCGAAGUAGCAGCGAAGGGAAAGGGAUUCAAAGUCCUGAGAAUCUUAAAGCUUCGGAAUUUUCUGGAAAUCACAAACAGUUGUUUCCAAUACCUAAAAGACUGUCCUGCUUUAGCUGUUUUCGACGUUAAGGACUGUGGUUUCAAUGGAUUGACACAACUCGACGCCGAGAAACUUGGCUGGGAAGUACACCCUGAUGGAGCAUUACUUGAGAUAUUGCAAUCAGACUGCGUAAAGCAUGUUAUGGCUCUGCGCGCAAGUCUUGGACUUCCUGCCAGACCAAUCCGUAGAUCCACUGCUAAGCCUUUGUGGGAUAAAGCCAAAAUCACAAUGAUACCUCGAGCAGAUGUACCAACCUUACUUACAGGAGGAUCUUCCUCCGCAGCACGAAAUAGCGCGUAUCUUCAAGCCGAAGAGCAAGUAAGAGCGAUGGAAAGAACCCCUGCCGGCCGCGCCAAACUCAAGAGAACCGGUCUCUCACACUUUGAAGCUGUGGAUUAUAUCAGUCGCAAAGAAUAUCGCGAGCUUGAGACUUGGGAAUUCCGUACCCUCACCUCUCUCAAUCGAGUUGGCGAGCUUCGAAACGACGAGGAUUUGCGUGCCGCUGGCCUAAAGGUCGGCGAAUUUGUCCCUAUGGUCUCCGGCGAACUCAUAUCCUCUAUUCCAAUUGCCUCUCUUCGUAUCGGUCCAGAGCUAUCCUAUACACCAUCGCGGGCGGAUUUGCAUCAGCCAUUUUACGAUGGCGGAAUCAGUGAUAGGUCGCUCAAAUAUACUAGCAAAAAUCUCGGAGUUGGCGCAAAGGGUUACGUCUAUACGCGUAUAAAGAUACCUGUCGCAUGGACCAGAAUCCGACAGCAGUCCGAUGAGACAACGGAUAAUGAUGCUAGUGGCUCAGGAUCUCGACCAAGCAAGCGUAGGAAGGUUAGAGGAGAUAAGAGACAACAAAUGGGCGAUCUCUUAGCGGGAGUAAUGGGAGUUAUAUGAAUUCGGGGGCUAUUCUCCAGAAACUCUUGGUGGUACCUGGCGUAUUGUUGCUCUGGGAAGUUUGGUUUCUGGACCUUUCCGGGAAUUCUCGGUAAAUUUUGAGAUUUUCCUUUGACAGUUGUAGGAGUUUUUGCAUCUGCGUAAUUAGGAAUACCAAAGUGGAUUUUAUAUCAUAGACUCGAACGAUAGCAAAAGAUUGGGUAGGAUAUGCCUUGCUUGAGUUGACAAUAUCUAGUGUUGGAUAGCACGCAUGAAUUUGCAGGUAUUUAACCGUGAUUUCCAUACAUCUACUAAUACACCAAACCAGAUGUGCCUAGAGGCUUCGUCUAAUACAGACAAUAUCUAGGUAUUUAGAUACUAGGGUUUGACUGUAAA